UUGGCGCGUACCAUUACGUAUCAUCGGCACCACCUUAUCCGCGUAUGAAUUCCCAAGAACUCCUUCUUCUCCCACACAGCCUCAAUUCCUGCACAUCCAUUGCUCAUCUCAAGCAGCUCCAUGCCGUCGCCAUUAAGACACCUUCUCUCUCUCUCCACAAUCAGUUCCUCUUCCGCAAACUCAUUUCUCUCUCCUCCUCCUCCUCCCCCGACCUUUUCUACAUCCGUUCUAUCCUUCUCACCUCUUUGGCCGAUGCGCAAUUCCGCCUCAAUCUCUGCAACGCCUUCAUUCACAGAAUUUCUGCGAACUCCAAUGGCGAGAGUACUAAUUCCACCGGUCUCAGGGCCAUGGAAUUCCUGAGGGAAAUGCUUCUGAUCGGCGUCCAACCGGAUGGGUUCACAUUGCCGCAUGUUCUCAAGGCGCUGGCUCGGGUUCAGAGGAUUAGAGAGGGCCAGCAGAUUCAUGCUCAUUCCAUUAAGAUUGGAUUGGUGCGAUUCAAUGUUUAUGUGUGUAACACGUUGAUGAGAUUGUAUUCCGUCUGCGGCUCUAUCGACGCUGUGCAGAAGUUAUUCGGCGAAUAUCCUCACCCGGAUUUGGUGUCUUGGACCACGCUCAUUCAAGCGUUUACGAAGGCUGGGCUUUAUAGGAAAGCGGUUGGAGCUUUUAUGGAGAUGUGUGAUCUGAAGCUAAGGGCUGAUGGGCGGACUCUGGUGGUUGUCCUCUCUGCUUGCUCCAACUUGGGAGACCUGAAUUUGGGUCGGAAAAUGCAUUCCUAUAUCCACCAUUACAUUGACGUGAAUGUAGAUGUAUUUGUUGGCAAUGCCUUGUUAGACAUGUACUUGAAAUGUGAUGAUUCGAACUCUGCUUACAAAGUGUUCGACGAAAUGCCUGUGCGAAAUGUGGUUACCUGGAAUGCUAUGAUUUUGGGAUUGGCUUAUCAGGGCCGGUACAAGGAAGCUCUGGACAUGUUCCGUAGGAUGCAAAGAACAGGGCCCAAGCCAGACGAGGUCACGUUAGUAGGGGUUUUGAACUCUUGCGCGAACCUUGGAGUUCUUGAGUUGGGUAGGUGGGUUCAUGCAUACAUGCGUAGAAAUUAUAUUUUAGCUGAUAAAUUUGUUGGGAAUGCACUUCUGGAUAUGUAUGCAAAAUGUGGAGGAAUAGACGAAGCUUUUAGGGUGUUUGAGAGCAUGAAAAGAAGGGAUGUAUAUUCAUACACAGCCAUGAUUGUUGGGCUGGCCUUGCAUGGUGAAGCAAACUGGGCAUUCCAGGUCUUCUCCCGGAUGUUAAGAGAAGGUGUUGAGCCAAACGAAGUGACAUUUUUAGGUCUUCUCAUGGCUUGCAGCCACAGUGGAUUAGUUUCCGAUGGCAAGAAGUACUUUUUCGACAUGUCGAAUACAUAUAAGCUUAGACCUCAAGCAGAGCAUUAUGGCUGCAUGAUUGACCUUCUUGGGCGUGCAGGUUUAGUGAAGGAAGCAGAAGAGAUUAUCCACAGCAUGGAAAUCAGGCCAGAUGCCUUCGCUUGGGGAGCUCUAUUAGGGGCUUGCAGGAUUCAUGGAAAUGUCAACCUCGGGGAAAGUGUGAUGCAAAAGUUGAUGAAUUUAGAUCCUGUUGAAGAUGGUAAUUACAUUCUUAUGACUAAUUUAUAUUCUUCUGCUCAUAGAUGGAAAGACACAUUGAAAUUAAGAAAGACGAUGAAAAGUAAGAAGAUGAGGAAGACUCCUGGAUGUAGUUUGAUUGAAGUUGAUGGUGUUGUUCAUGAAUUUCGCAAGGGUGACAUGUCACAUCCAAAAAGCAGAGUGAUAUAUUCAGUAUUGGAAGGAAUCGCUUGUCAUUUAAAGAGCUUUGGGUCUGUGGAACAUAUUACAAUGACUUAAAUUAGGUUGUCGAUCGUGGGAUAGUGGGAUGAAGAAAUUACUCAACUGGACGAAAUCAGCUUCAUUCUCUGCUCCCACUUAAACGGAAAGGCUUUGACAAGUAAGUUCCCACCUUUUCUUUGCUUUCGUGUAUAGUUGCCACUAUUUUGAGUAACAACACAUAAAUUUAAAAUCGGAAUUUCUUCCUUUUAAUUGCUACAAUUAAAAGAUCACAUAUAUUAAAAAACUAAAAAUUUUGUGAUCUCUCGAAAUCUUUCUAGCCCACCUCUAUUGAUACGACUAUAUCUAACAAGUAAUCAUCUUGCCAAUGUGCUAACAGCUUAGAGUCGUGGAAGUUUUAGUCUUGAUAGCUUAUCUUGAUUUAAAAACUUACCCCGAUAAAAAUUAAGGGGAAGAAAAAGAACCCACCUUUUUCUUAAAGAUUCCAAGUGAGAUUCACUUCGGCUUACUUUGUCACAGAUAUGCUAUGCUCUGAACUUGUUCUAUCUUGAAGUAUGUCUAACUUUACCUGUAUGGAUCAUACUUGAGUUAAUUUUAUUUUUUUCCUUUCUUUUAAAUCAACAUUGCUGGAAAUUACUUGCGACUGGUUUAUAUAAUAUUUCUGAUUGUUAUGGUGAAACUAUCUGAUUACUGUGACCUUUACUCAAGUAAAUUUAGAAGUGUAAUUCGACAUGAGAUUAUAAUUUAUGUCUUCAACUAUUAA